AUCUUUCCAUUCUAGGUGCUCAAUUUCAAAAAUGGCUGCCGUCGUGCAAGACCACAAUGCUAAAGUUGAAGAAGAAAAUAAUGAAAUUAGGGAUGAUCAAAAUGAUGUGGAUGACGCAGAAGAUGAACUGAGUGCUAAAGAUCCUGCUCAAAAGAAGAAAAAAAGGAAGAGGAAGAAGAAAGCAGCAGCAACACAUCAAGAUGGAGUAAAUGAUACUUCAGAAGAUGUUGAAGUUGUAACUGAGAAAUUACAGCAACAAGUUCUUGAUGGAGAUAUGAACAAUAGAGAUGCUGAUGGUGAAGAAGAAGGAACUACAGAAGCAGUUGAAACCAGUAAAAAGAAGAAAAAGAAGAAAUGUAAAGGAGGUUCUACACCUAAACAGACUGACCCUCCGUCCAUUCCUAUAAAAAUUCUUUUCCCUGAUGGAAACUUCCCAGUUGGUGAAGAGGUCGAAUAUGCAUCUGCUAAUGACAGUCGUACUGCAAAAAAUAGAUUCACCUCUGAAGAGAAAAAGGCCAUUGAACAAAUGGAGCAAGACAUUUAUAAAGAUAUCAGGCAGGCAGCUGAGGCACAUAGACAGACAAGGCAAUACAUGAAAAAAUUCAUCAAACCUGGAAUGACUAUGAUAGAAAUAUGCGAGGAACUUGAAAAAACAGCACGAGCUUUAAUUGCUGAAAAUGGUUUAGAGGCCGGUUUGGCUUUCCCUACUGGCUGUUCAUUGAAUAAUUGUGCAGCUCACUACACUCCAAAUGCUGGUGAUACAACAGUUUUGACUUACGAUGACGUCUGUAAAAUUGAUUUUGGUACUCAUGUUAAUGGUCGUAUAAUAGAUUGUGCCUUCACAUUAACAUACAAUCCAAAGUAUGACAAACUUCUUGAAGCUGUAAGAGAAGCUACCAAUACAGGAAUUAAGGAAGCAGGCAUAGAUGUUAGGUUAUGUGAUAUUGGUGAAGCUAUUCAAGAAGUAAUGGAGUCUUAUGAAGUAGAAUUGAAUGGAAAAACAUAUCCUGUGAAAUCUAUUCGCAAUCUAAAUGGCCAUCUCAUAGGACAAUAUCGAAUACAUGCUGGGAAGACAGUGCCUAUUGUGAAAGGCGGGGAACAAACUAAAAUGGAGGAAGGAGAGUUUUACGCUAUUGAAACUUUUGGUAGCACUGGUAAAGGCUAUGUUCAUGAUGAUAUGGAAGUAUCUCAUUAUAUGAAGAAUUAUGAUGCUGGGCAUGUUCCUUUGAGGUUAGCCCGAUCCAAACAGCUCCUUAAUGUCAUCAAUCAGAAUUUUGGGACACUAGCUUUCUGUCGGCGCUGGCUUGACCGUUUGGGGCAAACCAAGUAUCUGAUGGCUCUUAAAGAUUUAUGUGAUAAAGGAAUCGUUGAUCCUUACCCACCUCUGAGCGAUAUCAAAGGCUCCUACACGGCUCAGUUUGAGCACACAAUCCUCCUUCGUCCCACUUGCAAAGAAAUCAUCAGUAGAGGAGAAGAUUACUGAAGGAAGACUGUUAAUGGUGAAUGGCACCUUUUGUAAAAGAUUCUUGUAUAAUAAUUUUGUUACAAAGUGCCACUUUUCAGAGCUCAUUUAGAAUGGAAAAAAUUCCAUUAUGCUUUGAAUUGUUUCUCCCCCAUUCUCUCCUUUACUCCACGGAAUGCCAAAUGUGGAAUUAAUAACAAAGAAAAAAGUACCUGUAUCUUUUUUGAUUUGUAUUUUGAAUCACUUGCUCAAAAGUGUAAUAAAAGGUUAUUUACUGUUGAAAUGUUUUGGAUUUUUUUUCAAAUAUUUCUAAUAUUAAGGUUUUUUUUUUUCUUUCUUUCUUUUAGUCUUACUAUCUUAAUGUUAUAUUUAAUGCAGUUUAAUAUAUUGAAUUCCCUUUAAAAAGCUGUUGCAUUUUAUUAAAUUUGUUGAUCUAAUGCUAUUUGCUGCUGUGUGUUUGAUUUGCAAGUCUUAAUACUGAUCAUCUUGAUACUGAAAUGAUAUACCAGGGCUUCUGAACUUCAUUCAUUGUGAUUUUAGACAUAUUAUAAAAUUUAAAAUAUUAUAAAUAUUGAAAUUGAAAAUUUUCAAAGCAGAAUAGUUUAUUGAUUUAUUUAUGUCAUUAAAAUGUUUUGGAUUAAGAGUUUUAAAAAAAUUAAUGAUCUAGAAAUUAUGUACUUGAUUGGAAACUUUUUUUUCCAUAAUUCUGAAUUUUUUAUUUGAAUUGGAAAAUAACUUAUGAAACAAAUUAAUAACAAAUGGAGGGAAAGUAGCACUGCUGAAUAAUUUUGAGUGAGAUUCCUUUAUUAAAAGAACUUAUUUUCAGUAUUGCAUAUAAAACUGUUUUUAAUCCAUAUUUUUAGAAUCAUUUAUUGUUGAUAUUCAUAUUGUAAGAAGCCCUGAUAUAAUUGAAUGAAUUCUGGGGUAUUUAAAUAUUGAAGAAUUUUAUUGGUGUAUUUUAAUUUUGAAUAUAUGAAGUUUACUCUAAUAUAUUGAAAGCCUGGAAAAGGCAAUUUUUAUUGCAUAUUAAUGUCACCGUGCUGUUUGGUAAGCAUUAGCAGUUGGCAUUGUAGAAUGAAUGUUUACUAUAAAAAGUUGAUUGCUCGAUUCAUACUUUCUUUUUAUUGAUUAUAGUUACAUAUCUGCUGUUUGUUAAUAAUUACUUAGAUAGUAUAACUUUUUACUGUUGGUGAAAAAAAUAAAAGUUUAUAUGAAAUUGCAUUUGCUAAAAGUUCUCAUUUCAAUAUUUGUGCAAGAAGAAAGUGUUAAUUCUUGUUUUUCUAUAGACUAUACUUAAUUAUAUAAAUAAAAAAUUAUCAGUUAUUUGAUAUUAUGACUACAGAAGGAACAAAAUUUAUUACUUAAAAUAAAUUAAAAUGUCUAUGCUUUUAAUUCAGUUAAAAAGAGGUUUUAAUAAUUAUUGGGACAGUAUAGGACGUGUAAAAAUAUUCCCAAUAUUAGAGGGGGGAUGAAAUGUGCAAAUAUAUUUCUUUAUGAAUCAUUAGAGAUAUGAGCUUUAUCAAUUUUCUAGUAAAUUUAUUAAAAAGAUAACUAUCAGUAAGAACCAAUAUUUAUAUGUAAUCAACAGAUGUAUAGUGGGGAAAAAUUAGUUUUUUUUGUGUGAUGAUAUUGAAUUUUUCACUCACGAAUUUGCUGUUGUGGGUUUUAGAAAAAUAAGUAUAUUUAUUGAGAUGUAAAACUUUAUUCUUAAAAAUUUUCUGCAGCAAUUUAAAAUGUUUUUAUUCACAUUUUUGAUAUUUUACAUUAAUUUCAAUUUCCUAUUCAACUAUUGAUUUUAUAUUUCUGAAGUUCUCUUAGUUAUUGUUCAAUGUGUGUUAAGAAUUCUUAUGAUGAUAGCAUACUGUAAGUUAUAUUGGGAACAAAAGACAGUUUUAAGCCCUUUUUUUAUUAACCUGGCCUUGUAAGUAAUAUACUAAUAAACUAGUUUUUUUUUUUUUUUCUUUCCCAAAUGAGGAAUUUAAAAGUAAUGCAAGGGCAUCCUUAAUGAUAAUUUAUUUUACAUCCUGUACCCCUUGUUUAAAAGAAAAAAAAAAAAAAAUGCCCCAUUAAUAUAGAACUUUCAUGGCUGAGUUAGUAUUUAAAGAGUUGAUCAUUUAUAAUUUUCAUUUUCUUUUAAAUAUACUUAGACCUAGUGAAUUAUGAGGUUGAUUCAGUACAGCAAUGCUUUGGAAUUAAACAUAAUGCUAAGAAUAGAAGAAUUUCUAGUCACUGUUAGAAGUAUAAUUCAUUAUUAAUAUUUUAACUAUAUACAUUUGUUAUAUUUUUUUGCAUAUCCAAAAAUUAAGAAUUAUCUAGAGGUGGGACCUUUUAUAUAUAUUCUUUUUCUUGUGGGUGUUAUAAAUGUAUCAACAAACAAAUAGAAUUUCAUUCUCUCCUUUGAACUUGUCUUUCUCUGCACUAAUCACCAACCUGAAUUGCUUUAAUCUCCUCUUAUAUUCAGUCACUUUAUAUGUGAUGGAAAGAGAAAUUCUAAUGAGAUCAGAAAGGAUAACAAUUCCACGGAAGGUCAAAGAACUCGCUAGAAAGUUUUAACUAUUUGAAAAGAGGGGAAAGCAAUUUCAGGUUGUUUUUUGUGUUUCCUCUGGCAUGGAUUGUAAAGAUUAAAAACUCUUAUUGAGAAUUUUGGUCAAUUGCUCUUUUCUACGGAUUAUAUAAUAUAAGGGAAAUUAAUUAUAUCACUUGAAAUUUUUUUUCUCUCAAUCUAUUAAUUUUUUUUCUUAUUACAGCUCCAGAUGAGCUGAAACUUAAACUUGCAGGCUGAAAAGCUAUUUUUCUAAGUAUCACAAAAUGUAUAAAUUCAGCUGUAAAUGGUGAUGCUAAAAAUUGUAAAUUAUGAAAAUGUUUUUAUCCAAUAUUUCUUUAUUGAAAAUGUAAAAUUUAUCUUUGCCGUAAUAAAGAAUUAAUUGGUUAAUAUUUUGAA